CACAAGGGCUUGUUUUGGAGGAAGUGAGAGAGCGAAAAAGAGAGAGCAAACGGACCGUAAAAAAAAAAAAAAAAAGAGAGAGAGACUGCAACAGAAAUAAAAGGAAAAGGGGCUGAAAAUACUGCACAGCACGGUUAAACAGAUACCCGAAUCAGAAAGAGUACAGGAGAACCGUGCUGACAGACAGCGCUAACCCUAGGAAGCUGGUCUUAGAUCUGUCCGAGAAAACCAAACCGCACUGCUUCCAAAACCAGAGAAAUAGAAGAGAAGGGACUCGAACCAGGACCGCUGCUGCAAGCUCUAACAAAAUGACGUCCAGAAAGAAAGUUUUGCUGAAGGUGAUCAUCCUGGGAGACUCUGGUGUAGGCAAGACCUCCCUCAUGAACCAGUAUGUCAAUAAGAAGUUCAGCAACCAGUACAAAGCCACAAUAGGAGCUGACUUCCUAACAAAGGAGGUGAUGGUGGACGACAGGCUGGUCACAAUGCAGAUCUGGGACACGGCUGGCCAGGAGCGGUUCCAGUCGCUGGGUGUUGCGUUCUAUCGGGGGGCAGACUGCUGCGUGCUGGUGUUCGAUGUGACGGCUCCAAACACCUUCAAGACUCUGGACAGCUGGAGAGACGAGUUCCUGAUCCAGGCCAGCCCCCGGGACCCAGAGAACUUCCCCUUCGUAGUGCUGGGGAACAAGAUUGACCUGGAGAACAGACAGGUCGCCACAAAAAGGGCCCAGGCGUGGUGUCAGAGCAAAAACAAUAUCCCAUACUUCGAAACCAGCGCCAAGGAGGCAAUCAAUGUGGAGCAGGCUUUCCAAACCAUCGCCAGGAACGCACUCAAACAGGAGACAGAAGUGGAGUUGUACAAUGAGUUUCCAGAGCCGAUUAAACUGGACAAGAACGAGCGAGCGAAGCCUUCUGCGGAGAGCUGCAGCUGCUGAGAGGAUCCGGGUUCAAGAUGGGAUGAAACCCAACCCUACCCCAUCCCCCUUCCUAUAGAUCCUUCAGCCUGCAUACCCCAAAAUACUGUUCACCCCCCUCUCCUAUCCCACAGUCACCCCUGUCCUGACCACACACACACACACACACACACACACACAGAGCCUGCAGUCUGUUCAGCACAGUACCCAUUAACACCCCCACUUUACCCCACUGUUCAGCACGUACGUAUGCUUCCUUCUCUACAUGCCUUUCACCCUGGCAAACCUUGCGUACACCCUCUGUGCCUCGACAGCUAGCUUUCCCCUGGCUACUCAAACAGCCUUCCUGACUCGGGCGUCAUCCCUGCAUUUGUCUCCAGAGCCUUUAGAAAAGUUUACCGCAGUAAAAGCUUUGCCAAAUGUAAUCAUGUAUUGAAAGCUGAAGCGCAGGUAGGCAUUGUAAAGCUCAGGGCUGUGCUGUAUGGUAAAGAAUCUUUAAACACAUGGCAAACCAUGGUAAACUAUGCAUAGUAUAACCAUGGGAGGAGGAAGGGAAGGGAGGGGGGGGGGCACCGCUUCAAAAUUACUGUUCAUAUUUCCAUAGCAGCCCAACGUGCCCCAUUGUUUCAUUCAGUGUCACACGUUUCCAUCUCAGCUUGGAGGCUUAACCCAUUCCCUUCCCACAGACUCCUCUAUCUUACAGAUAACUACCAGGUAUCCCAGACCAGUCCCUCCCCCUCCCCCCUCCCCUCACCUCCUCUCCUACCCAACAAUUUGCAGCCUUUAGGCAAGACGUCUCUCACUCAAGCACUUCUGUCUGACUCAAACUGUUCACCGUGCAAGCUGUCAUGUUAGAUAACCCUAGUCUGUUUAAUUUAGGUUUAAAAAAGAAAAAGGAAGAAAACUUGACCUCCAUCUACAUCUGUAAAAUCUAUAUAGAAAUAUACAGGAAAAUCAAGCGUAUCUUUCGAUUUCAUUUCUUAUAAUAAUACUGUGACAUUGUUGGUGUAUCUUUUACAACCAUACUAUGUUUAAAAUAUUAAUAACAAGACUAAAAAAACAUAAAGGAUGAUGAACAUUGUUGUGUUUCCUGAGUUGCUUGGUCUGUCUGUCUGAGUUAAAGGCACAAGCCAGUGGUGACUCUGUUUGUCUGUCUCUCUGUCCGUCUCUCAGCCCCAUGCAGGUUUGCAAGCUGUUAUUUAUAAGUGCUUGUUCUUUACUUUUAACCAAUCAGAUCUUUUACUGUAUCCAUGUAUUCUAAUAAUUAUUAUGUUUAGCUUCAUUAGGAGAAAAUACAGCAGCAGCUCUUGUAACAGUUCAUCAUGGUGUUGUCAACGAAACAGUACGUGCAGCCAGUGGCAUUGUUUAAAUAAGUAUGUGGGUUUAAAUAAUAAUGCUCUUAAUAAUAAAGGUUCUUGAAUAUAA